ACUAGAUAAUAAAGCAUCGGUCAGAAUGCUAAUGCUAGGUCAGCAGCAAACAUUGAUCAAUAACAUACAGUGACUCAACUAGUUGCGACUAAAUUUUCCCUUGAAUGGGAACGGGUGGGCGCUUAUCUUAAUGUAGUUAAGUCGCACCCGCAGUUGAGGGGCAAUACCAUCGAGUCAAAAUACGAAUACAUGGAUGGGUGUAUAAUUUAUUUGCUUUGUUUCAGUUUCUUUGAUUUCUUGUCUGGGUUGAACCGAAGUUAAACACGACUGUGUUUAUCGCUAAUCAUUGUGCUUCUCAUCUAAACUCCGCCUUUUGUGGUGGCUUAGACGUAUUUAUCGAACACACUUCCUGACUCGACACGAUGAAGGUGCUUUUAAGGUCGAGCGUAUAUUUGUUAAAAACAAUGAACAAAAUAUACUUAAAACAGGGUUUAAAAAAACCCUUACAUUUCUUUGUUACAUAUUCUAUAUGUUUUAAUGCGCUACCACAGUAUCAUCAUUUCACAACGCACUUGAUUUUCAAUACGUUUAAUCUAGUAUGUUAAGAUCCACCUUAAGUACCGAUGUCAGGUUUUCAUGCAGGACUAUUUUGCAUUGACGUCAGCCAUAUACAGCCAUACAACAGAAAACAGACGCUUUCUUCAUAUUCCGUAUGCUGGAGUCAGGAUGUGGAGUGAUAACUAGGUACUAGCGCUGAUUUUUACACAGUCUGACUGCGACAGCUGCUGAGUUGUCUGCCAAAACUCCCGAGAAAAGGCACUGUGUCUGGAGAAUAAACCAAAGCUCAACCACCGUUGUCUGGAGUGCGGCCCAGGCCCACAAACGCCACACCAGGCACCAUGAUGGAAGGAGGCAUGCAGCUGAUCAACCGGGAUGGACACAGCAUCUCACACAACUCAAAACGCCACUACCACGACUCCUUCGUGUCCAUGAACAGGAUGCGUCAGCGCGGGUUGCUGUGUGACAUCGUGCUCCAUGUUUCCAACAAAGAAAUCAAGGCGCACAAAGUGGUCCUGGCCUCCUGCAGCCCCUACUUCCAUGCUAUGUUUACAAAUGAGAUGUCUGAGAGUCGACAGACACACGUUACCCUUCAUGACAUUGACCCUCAGGCUCUGGAGCAACUCAUCCAGUAUGCGUACACAGCUGAGAUUGUGGUCGGAGAAGGCAAUGUGCAGACAUUACUCCCAGCAGCGAGCCUGCUACAGCUCAAUGGGGUCCGGGAUGCCUGCUGCAAGUUCCUCCUCAGCCAACUGGACCCUUCCAACUGCCUGGGCAUCCGGGGCUUUGCUGACACGCACUCCUGCAGCGACCUGCUCAAGUCAGCACACAAGUAUGUCCUGCAGCACUUUGUGGAAGUGUCCAAGACUGAAGAGUUCAUGCUGCUGCCGCUAAAGCAGGUGCUAGAUUUGAUUUCAAGUGACAAUUUAAAUGUUCCAUCUGAAGAGGAAGUCUACAGAGCCGUGUUGAGCUGGGUGAAGCAUGAUAUAGAUGGACGUAGGCAGCAUGUACCAUGGCUGAUGAAGUGUGUGAGGCUGCCCCUGCUCAGACGAGACUUCCUAAUGAGCAACGUGGAUACGGAGCUGCUGGUGCGUCAUCACUCAGAGUGCAAAGACCUGCUCAUUGAAGCACUCAAGUACCACCUGAUGCCUGAGCAGAGGGGGGUCCUCAGCAACAGCCGUACGCGUCCGCGUCGCUGUGAAGGAGCCAGCCCUGUGCUCUUUGCUGUUGGUGGUGGCAGCCUGUUUGCCAUCCAUGGAGACUGUGAGGCCUAUGACACCAGGACAGAUCGCUGGCACAUGGUGGCGUCCAUGUCUACACGGCGGGCACGGGUGGGCGUGGCAGCCAUUGGCAACAGACUAUAUGCUGUUGGAGGCUAUGAUGGCACUUCUGAUCUGGCAACUGUGGAGUCUUAUGACCCCAUCAGUAAUGCCUGGCAGCCUGAGGUUUCCAUGGGAACCCGUCGGAGCUGUUUAGGUGUGGCCGUCCUGCAUGGGCUUUUGUACGCUGCAGGAGGUUAUGAUGGCGCUUCCUGUCUCAACAGUGCAGAGCGUUAUGACCCUCUGACCAGCACAUGGACCUCUAUUGCUGCAAUGAGCACCCGAAGACGAUACGUCCGAGUUGCAACUCUGGACGGCAGCAUGUACGCAGUGGGAGGUUAUGACAGCUCCUCACAUCUUGCUACUGUGGAGAAAUAUGACCCUCAGAGCAACACAUGGACUGCCAUCGCUAACAUGCUGAGUCGCCGCAGCAGUGCCGGGGUGGCUGUGCUGGAUGGUAUGCUGUAUGUGGCAGGAGGCAAUGAUGGUACCAGCUGCCUGAACUCUGUGGAGAGGUUCAACCCUAAGACCAACACAUGGGAGGGAGUUGCCCCUAUGAACAUACGCAGGAGUACUCACGACCUUGUGGCCAUGGAUGGCUGGUUGUACGCAGUUGGAGGGAACGAUGGCAGUUCAAGUCUCAAUUCUAUAGAGAAAUACAACCCACGCAGCAACAAAUGGGUGGCAGCCUCCUGCAUGUUCACACGCCGCAGCAGUGUGGGAGUGGCCGUGCUGGAGCUGCUCAACUUCCCGCCGCCCUCCUCGCCCACCCUUUCUGUUUCCUCCACCAGUCUUUGACACGAGGUUACUACUUGGCUGAGCUCAGCCUCUGCUGCUACGGCCCAGGCUGGCUCUGGGAAAAGACGCAACUGCUCAGUCUAAGCUGAGGAGGAUGAGGACCCAGAUGGACCAGAAGAUGAGAAGAAGGUGGAACAUCUGCUGUACAGCUUCUGCCAUAAGUGCAAACGCUGUUCUGUCCUCAACUCCUACUUCUCUUCUUCUUCGCUCCACCUCACGGGUGUUUGACACACUUAUUGUGAUAAAAAAAAUACAAACGGUGGGCGCUGUUUCUGUCUUGUGUGAUGGUACAGUUUCAGUGUGAUAUUGUCUUCUCUAGUUUUUAUUUUCUUUUGCAAUAAGGUAUUUAAAAGAGAAAGUGAAUGACUUUGCUUUUGGAAUGUAGCCUUUGACAGGUUGUACAUCAUGCAUGUUUACAUUGCACUGACUCCCAACGGGAGACUAAAACGUUGUAGUGCUGAUAUGCCACGCUAGGUGGCAGUAACAGACCAUGCUUUCACAAGGAACGCGUCCCACCACAACAAGAAAGCAUGGAUACAGUGACAAAGAAAAGCCAGACUCGCACUUGUAGAUAUAUUUGGGUUCUUUUUUUGUUCAAAAAAUUAAAUAUUAUGUGAAGAUAAAUGUAUUUAAUUAAUAUAUAAAUUAUGAUAUUUUCUGUUAAAGAUGCAUAUAUAUGGAAACCCACUAGACAUAUGCCAAUUUAAGUGUUUUUAUUUUAUUUAUUUUAUCUAUGUGAAGGAAAUGCUUAUAUUGUCUGUGAAAACGAGAAGAAGAGAAUGUUGAAGUGUGAAAGUUUGAUUUCUGUGCAUCUGAAGUUUCUUCUGACAUUUCAUAUGCCUUUGUUAAAGGAGAACAGCGGCCAAUUCUUACAUACAGUACCUCUGUUGCUAUGGAACCAUAAGCAUUGCCAUUAUGAGUAAAUAAGAGGAUACAUAGAACAACACAGCCAAAAUGAUGAAUCACUGUUUAAUACAGCCCAGCUAUAAGCAAAACAACAGACCAAGCAGUUAAACCAGUGUUUUUAUGUUAAAACUGCCGAAAACGUAUUUACAAGUGCAAUGCAACAUCAACCACUUCCUAGGGAUAUACCCCUAUACGUAUCUUACCACAUAGCCCUACUCCCCAAUAAUUGACUCAAAAGACCACCUUAGAACCAUCUAACAACUUGUCCCAUAGGUUGGCGAUGACAAAUCUGGCUGUGUUGACUCAUUUGUUCUCUUAUUAAGUAAUCAUAGUACUCAUGAAUUUUAAACAAAAGAGCUGUAUGUUUUUAUUGGGCAGAUGUUUCCUGAAAUAUUCCUCACUGCCACAAUCACAGAAUCACACUUAAAUGAACCACAUGCCUACUACGUUUGUGCUGUAAGGCUUCAGUACAAUCUAGACAAAAUAUUAAUAUAAUUCAGUGAAAUGAAUUGUCAGAGAGUUGUAUGUAAUCACUAUUUAUGUCACAUUAGAAAUACAUACACGCGGGAGGUUUUCUUGUAGCCCAUCCCCAGUGAUUGAUACUUGAGUCAGUAAAACUGUGGACACUUGGUGCUGUCAUAUUCCUCCGUUCACUCAGUCAGGUUUACUAUCCCGUUAUGUUACCUCAGUUUUUAAGUGGUCCAACUCUGUCGCAGCAAAGCUGAAAUAGGAACUUAUUAUUGACCAAAAAUACACUGGUGUUAGCACCUGUGCUAACUGGAAAUAGAAAAGUUUCCACUGAUAUAGAAUAACUUGGUUGUUCUGAGUCUUGUGGUUUAGUUGAGUUCAUUUGUGGUGCAGUGAUUCCAUUCCCGACUUCUGGGAAGUUGCGCUUUUUCCUUAUUUUAAAGGAUUUUCUGUAUCUGGGGUUUUUUUCUCUUCUUCUAAGUAUUACUUUUAAAUGAUUUUAUAGGAAGUACAGAGUAUAAUAUAGGCUGUAUUUGUCUAAUUGGAAAUACUGUUACUCUGUAGAGUCAAUGUGAGCAGGAGUGGCAUUAAACCAUUAAAUACUUUUUCUUUUGUUCUACUUUCUGUGGUGUAAAUAAACAUUAUUUGAUUACUGAAUGUGCAAAUUCAAUGUAUCUUUUUUCAUGUUACUUUUUUAGUUGGUCUUCAUGUGGUGAUAAUUGUUAUUUAUUUUCAUUAUGAGAAACUUUAUGUAUUGAAUUUUGCACUAUUGUGAAAUGGAGCAAUACUACAUUGUUAAAAAUAAAGUUCAUUUCAAAUGUGAUAUUGUAGUGGCUUUGG